CGGGAGCUGUCUUCUUUUCUCUGUUUCGUGCACCUCCGACCAAAUUUUUUUUUGACAAUUAUCACGGUGGCCGUACCAGAAAUUCGUGACGAAUUCAUCCUUAGGUUGAAGAUAAAGCCAGUUCGUCUUCCUUUGGAGUGUAGGCAAAAUCGGGACAAAUAACGACCAUGGCAUCAAAAUCCUUAGCGCAGAAGAUCGGCCCCGCCAUGAGGAGGCAGGCCGUGUCGUUAACAGACGCGGCGGCGUCGAGGAUACGCCAGCUUUUGCAGCAGCGGCAGCGGCCUUUCCUCCGGCUUGGCGUCAAAGCUCGCGGAUGCAACGGCUUGUCCUACACGCUCAAUUACGCAGACGAGAAAGGAAAAUUCGACGAGUUGAUUGAUGAGAAGGGCGUGAAGGUACUGAUUGAUCCCAAGGCUCUCAUGCAUGUGAUUGGAACAAAGAUGGAUUUCGUUGAUGACAAACUUAGGUCAGAGUUCAUAUUCAUCAAUCCAAACUCUCAGGGCCAAUGUGGCUGCGGCGAGUCUUUCAUGACGACUUCUACCAGCAGUGACGCAAAGUACCAGUAGCCGAUAGGAGCUUCGAUAUGGUCGCUGUCAGAGAUGCUUACAGUGCGACUAUCCUGUCAUCUGUAAACUUGUGUCGGUUGUUUGAUCGGGGCUCUAUACGAAAAACGGUUGGAUACAUGUAAAGGCAAGUAGUUCUUUGGCUUUGUAAGAUUCGUCUUGUAAAGGCAAGUUAACUGAACGUGUGUGUAAUCAUCUCUUCUUUUGCAAGUUAUGAGCUGCAUCCUCGCUGCAAACUGGAAUAUAUGCAUUCUUUCGUUUCCUUUAGCUGCUUGUGUUGGUGCUAUACAUUUGAAGGCAUAAUGGAAGAAACCACAUUGAGUGAUCAGUCUCACAUUUGAUGUAGCAAGCUGUUUCGUAAUUCUAGCAUGUCUUUCCUCCCCUCGAGCAAACUUUUGAGUGAUGAGUCUCACUCGCCUAGACAUGGAUCUCCAUUUUACCCUGCUCUGUCUUUUA